AUGGCUACCCCCACCACGCCGGGAGGAAGUCGAGGCCAUAUGAAUGGUGUCCUUGCUAUCACAGCUUCUCAAACCUCUGGAAAUGGGCCCCGCUCUGUAGUAGCCAAACCUCCAUCGCCAAAACUGAAGGUUGUCAUCAGGAGACUCGCCCCAGGUCUCACAGAGGCGGAGUUUACAUCCGUCCUUGGAGAUGGUUGGAGUCUGGGCCAGGGAAAGGUUGACUGGUUUCUAUACAAGCCAGGAAAGGACUCAAAAGAUCCUUCCAAGCCGUCCAGACCCGCCCGGGCCUAUCUCCAUUUAACACAUGAAAGCCAUCUCCUCAGCCUUUCCGACCUUGUUCGAGAAUCGGUCUUCGAAGAUGCCCAUAAUACAUUCACAAGCCAAUGUCUUAUUGGACCUCCAACCGUCGAGUUUGCACCCUACGGUCGAACACCUGGAGGUAGACGUCGAGUUGAUGCACGAGCAGGGACAAUUGAUCAGGAUCCCGAAUUUAUGGCAUUUCUUGAGGGCCUAGCAAAUCCAUUGACGUCGAAGGAGGCCAAUGCGGAUGUUGUGUUAGAUGGUACAUCGACGAAACAGGAGAAGGUCACUACCACGCCUUUGGUUCAAUACUUGAAGGACAAGAAGGCCAACAAGAGCAAGGAGAUGGCGGCAAAGGCAGCAAAGAAACAAGAAGCCCAGCUUGCGAAGACCAAGGCUGGCAAGGAAUCAUCAAGUUCUCUUGACGAUUCUAAGAAGAAGGGGAAAGAAGGAAAGUCAGACAAACUGAUAGAGAAAGCAGCUAGAGAAGCCGUCAAGAUUCUCAACAGGGAAGUGGCCACGAAGGCGAGUCCGGCAGCAAGUAUCUCAGAGGCUUCUGGCUCAGAAAGUUCUGGUACACCUAAGCUUGAUGUUACAAAGGUUCAUGGCCGACAGAGACCAGCUGUUAUCGCUGCUCAUAUCAAGAUGCUUCAACGGGAUCUUGGUUUAAGUCCAGCUCAAGCUCAUCGCCAAGUCAGAAGGGAUACUGCAGAUGCUCUGAAAGCUGAAAGAGCCGCGGCGGCGGAGAAGGCUGCUGCUGAGUCGAAGGAAGCAAGUUCAUCUCAACCAUCACAAACUCAGACAAUCCCAAUCGCACCAAAAGCAAGCAACAACCAGGCUAAGGACAGGAAGUCUCGAGCCAAAGGAAACUCUACCGAGUCUGAAACUGGCAAGGCUUCUGGUUCCGCUUCUACUCCGGCAGCGAAUCCCGUGGUGCUACUCAAGAAGCCUGAAAGCCAGCAAACCCAACGACCAGUUCCCUCUCCAACAAUACAGCAGCCAAAGCCUGCCCCAGUAUUGUCUCGAAAACCACCACCUGUUGCAGUACCAUCAGAGGGUGCUACACAAGCAUUCGUUAAGCAUGCCAAUCCUUCUCAGGGUGUGACCGAAGCCCUUCUCAAGGAAGCUAUGGAGAACUUUGGUGUCGUAUCGAUGGUGGAAAUUGAUAAGAGAAAAGGCUUUGCAUAUGUCGACUUUGUGGAUACAGAAGGAUUGAAGAAGGCAAUGGCGGCGAAUCCCAUCUCUGUUGCACAAGGAACCGUUCAGGUCAUGCAGCGAAAGGGAACUGCCUUGCCCCCUGAGAAGAAACCUGCAAAUCAGCCUCCGAAUGCUCCUUCCAGAGGUGGCAGAGCCGGGAGAGGUGGCACCAUGGGAAGACGUGGUGGGCGGGGCGGCGCACGGCAAGGUGCUCAAGCUGGUCCUUCGGAAGCAGCGAAGGCACCAACUGCUGCACCUACGGGACCAGCCGCGAAAUGAAGGAGCUUUUCAAUCAUUUGAAAUACUGCGUACUGUCUACGAAAGUAUGUUGAUGAAGAAGACGACUAACUAACAUUUGGGCGAGCGCAAACCAUCCAGCUAUACAAGGGUGGACUUGUGGGGAGGAAAACAUUUUCCAACGCAAAUUCCACGGAAAAUUUAAGGCAUCUCAUAUGGAGGAUAGCGAAG